AUGCCCAGGCCUCAAAGAGAACGUCCACGCUGUCCUUCCUACUUCUUAUUGGCAUGUGCAUUUUGUGCGAGUAUGGGCGUUAUUCUGGACCUUAUGCUGGACAGCCUGAUCCACAACCAAAACAACCAGCGCCCAAACAGCCGUCCUCCAAUCCAAAGACAGAUAAUUCUGGGAAGAGGUGAAAGGUUGGGGACCUCCCGGACUGCAUCGUCCAAGGACAGGGAUGCGGCAUUCAUCGAUUUGGGGGUUGAGCCUGAGCCUCGCAUUUCAGCAGAUCUUGAUUUUUUUGAAAAUCUCACCAAGGUAUAUGGUCUGAAGCAAAGCUUCAGCAAUCUAGCAGACUCAAUCAAAGCCGAUGACGUUCCAAGCAAAUUCAUGACUGUAGUUGUGGAUGAGUUUGUUUCCUGUGCUGGUCGUGUUUGGAAACAUGAUUUUUGCACCUUCAAGUUGAGUGGUUCUUCACUGUUUGGCACGGACAUCAAAACUGCAAGUGGUGAUCCGGGUGACCAAAGCGACCUGGAUUUCUGUUUCGAUGCCAGCCGGGACAUCACCCCAGAGGAGUGGAAUCAGUUUGCUGAAGAAAUGAACCGCAGCAGGUACUUUUACGAAGACCCUGAAGGUCUUAAGGGAAGCAAGGCUAUCCGACUGAGAGAUCGUAUUUACAACAGGCGCUGGGAAAUUGUCCCGGUAGCUGGGCAUUUUACCUAUGACAACGUUCGCUGGGGUAGAAAGUCGAGGCUGCAAGUAGAUAAAGAGUGGAGCAGGUUCUUCAGCAGCAAUCCAGGAGCAAAGAGGAGUACAAGAGUGCUCAAGCGCAUGCUUCCUUAUUUUCCAGGGUGCGACAUCACUGUCUUGGUGGUGAAGCACGGUGAGAGUGGCAAGUACAGGGCUGACGAUAGUGGGUUUGACCUUUUUGCACAGAUUCUUCUUCAGCUAAAGCAGUAUCCAAACCUUGCUCUUGAUUCGCCGAUACAGGCAUUGCUGAGAGAUGUUGAAGCACAAGGCGGUGAUAGGGCAAAAAGUUUCAAGGAUAACUUGAAUGCCGCGCAACGACUUGCAAAAAUCAUACUCGAGCUGCUGGCGAAAGAGCGCAGAGGUGAGCAAGACAUCCGAUCCGAAUUGAAGGAUAUAGCCACCUACGCACAACCUUUCCAACAGAUGGAGGAGGGAGACCUAGGCCACAAAAUGAAUCCCUGGGCGAGAAUGUGGACAAAGUUUCUGGAUCUGGGUUUUGCACAGGAGUUUCAAGACCGGGCUUUGACUUUGGUUUCAAAUAUCGAACGUGGUUGUGAAGAAGAUGAAUUCAGCACAGCCAAUGGAAAAAUUCGGAAGUUACAGCUCAUUUUGUUUCAAUCAUUUUACAAUGACGAUAGAAAGAUGUGGCUACGCAGCAUUGGUGCUGCCAAGAAAUGUAUUCCUGUGUGGCCUUUCGAAGAUGGCAGUUUCGAACUUGAUUAUUUUCUCAUGGCUGAAGCUGUUGGUCUGGGACAAGUUGACAAAGCACGCGAGAUUUCUGCUAAUAUGAGCUCUCGUGAUUUAGUUGUGAGAAUGAAAACUUUUCUGAUGAAACUCAUCGACGAAGGCCAGCAGCCCCACAAGGAUUGGGAAUCAGUUCGCCAUGAAGCUGAUGUUCUUGCUGUUCAAAUUUGGAAACAAUUAGGCUCUGGGCCUAGCCUUGACCGUACGCAACGCAUCCACCCAGGGCAAAAGCCAAACGCUUGGGGAUUCUUGGCAGACUAUUUGAACUUCUUGUGGAUGCGGGGUGUUGUACAUCAAUCAGAUCUGGCCAAAGAAGUGCAAGAUGCUUUUCCCACGGAGGACAACUCCUGCCGCAUUGCAUAUUUGUACAGUGAGCCGGCGAGUUCAGUGCAGAAACUGAAAGCCAUCUAUGAAGAUGAACGGGUGGGAUUUGACUUGUCUGCGCGCGCUGAACUUGCAGCUUUGAAGUGCCAGCUGGCACUUCAUCAAGCUGGAGGAACGUGUGCUGUGACAGGGUGCGACCUGGCGGAAGCAGACCCUUUGAAGCUGAUCAAGAAGUGGAGUGAAUUGACAUAUGCUGAGAAACUCUACAACAAAAGUAUCAUGGACAAAGCCGCCAUGCGUGGGCAAAUGCAGAGGUAUGUGUCUUCCACCCAACUUGGCACGAGGCGCCUGCUUCCCAAUGAAGUCUUGUCGCAAGCGCACGUGCCACCUGUGAGUCCAUCGGCCACUCCCUGGCAGCUACGGCAGGUGGGCCAGAUGCCUCGGCCCCUCCCUGGGACGGUGUCUUCGAUGUAUCCUUCGGACUACAGCAGCAUGUGGUCACAGCUGCAGCAUCAAGCCAGUGCACCGGGUGUCCCAGUGGCGCCUAUUCAAACGAGUUACCAGUCCGUGUUGACACAAACGGUGGGCCCAGCAGCCAUGGAUGUCGAGGCCUAUUGUUCCAUCAAGGACUUUGGUCGGGAGAUUGCGGAAGGUCGCAAUGCCUACAGCACUCAGAGUCGCGAGGUGGUGCUGCCUCCGGGUCGCCCGGACUAUGGCCGCCAGGUGGCGAAGUUGGAGCUGCCACCGGCCAACGUCUUUGGAAGGCAAGCGCAGAUGGUUGCGCGACAGCGAUUGGAUGCGGCGAUCGAAACCAACGUGAACCUGAGGGAGGCGACCAAACGACCACUGUGGGACACAUGGGAAUACAGGCAUCCAGUCUAA